AUGAAGCUAUCAAUCUUGCUCGGGCUCAUGCCCUUAUUCUACUCUGCGGCAAACGCCGCAGCCAUCAAGGAACCACACACCCACAAGGGAUACUUCGUCACCCCCUGGUACACCCCGCCCCUCGAGUGGCAGGUCGAAGUCGAUCGCAACAAGACCAUCACCGUCAGGGGGACGCUCGAAGACGUGCGCGCCGAAGCACUAAAGCACAAUCCAAACUGGGAGAGAGACUACCCACCCGUGGCUAUCGACUACGACGACGACGGCGAUGUGGAACGCGAUGUCACCUCCGCCUCGGACUCCAAUGUCCAUAAGAGGUCUGUCAACGUAAAGCGCGCGGCCCAGGAUUUCCACGCGGCCCAAAUCGACUGUGGACGGGGGGAGAGCGCGGAGUGGAUGGAGGCCCUGCACCGUAUUCAGUAUCUGUACGGCGUCAAGGGGAAGCCGACGAACGGGCCUGGAAAGGGGGCUUGUACGCGUGUGAGCUGUGCGUAUGACACUGCUGUUGUGUGGUGUAAUGAUGAUCCGUAUACGAAGAGUCUCACCAGUUUCAGUCAGAUUGCCGAUGGGGCCAUGGCUAUCCUGGGGCAGUGUUACACAAACAAAAUGGGCGAGGCGAAGAGGGUUAGUGGACAGGCGUUCCAUAAAAAUAACUGGAAUGUCAUUGUGAGGCAGGAGGGCUGCUGA